ACAGGAGGUACAGAUCUCCGAUCCGAUUGGCUUCUGGCUUAGCUGGGAGGCGGGACGAAUUCUUGGUCCCACGAGGGGAGGUGGCCGAGGAGGUCCGCGGCCACCCCGGAGCGCGAGAGUGAGGCCUGCAAGAUGGAGGAAGGUGGGAACCCGGAAAGCCUGACUAAGGUGGUUCAUCUACUGGUCUUGUCAGGGGCCUGGGGCAUGCAAAUGUGGGUGACCUUCGUCUCAGGCUUCCUGCUUUUCCGAGGCCUUCCCCGACAUACCUUCGGCCUGGUGCAGAGCAAACUCUUCCCUUUCUACUUUCACAUCUCCAUGGGCUGUGCCUUCGUCAACCUCUGCAUCUUGGCCUCACAGCAUGCUGGGGCUCAGCUCACAUUCUGGGAGGCCAGCCAGCUCUGCUUGCUGCUUCUGAGCCUCAUGCUGGCCACCAUCAACGCCCGCUGGCUGGAGCCCCGCACCACGGCCACCAUGUGGGCCCUGCAGACCAUGGAGAAGGAGCGGGGCCUGGGCGGGGAGGUACUGGGCAGCCACCAGGGCUCAGACCCCUAUCGCCAGCUGCGGGAGCAGGAACCCAAGUACAGUGCCCUCCGCCAGAUCUUCUUCCGCUACCAUGGCCUAUCCUCCAUUUGCAAUCUGGGCUGCCUCCUGAGCAAUGGGCUUCAUCUUGUAGGCCUCGCCCUGGGCCUCAGGAGCCUCUAGCCCCCACUGACUCUCUGUCUCUGCUGGGGCCCCAAAUGUCAAUAAACACUUCUUUGGAAAUGA